GUGUGGACUCUGCUGGUAUUUUCUCAAGAAUGACAAGGCUGGGAUUUGUGGUCCGAAGGACAUAUUCAGUGCAAGGUCCUCUUUACUUGAUGCAUAUAGACACAAACCAUAAACUAAUAAGAUUUGGCCUGGUGAUAUUCGGAGGGAUAGAUGGGUACUCAAGAAAGAUCAUGUACCUGGGUGCUGCUGCCAACAACAGAGCAUCAACUGCACUUGCUUUCUUCUUGGAGGCUGUACAAAAGUAUGGCUUUCCAUUGAGAGUUCGAGGGGAUCAAGGGGUGGAAAAUGUUGGAAUAGCAAGAUGCAUGUUCACCAUCCGGGGCUGUGGAAGAGGAAGCUUUCUGUCAGGCAAGAGUGUUCACAACCAAAGAAUAGAGCGCUUGUGGCGAGAUGUGUGGAUGGCUGUUUCAAGCGUGCACUAUGAAACCCUUCACAACCUCGAGGAUGAAGGCCUUCUGGAUCCAACUGAUGGUGUCCACAUGUUUUGUGCCCAACAUACAUUUCUUCCACGUCUGCAGAGGGAUCUGGAUGUCUUUAGACAGGGUUGGGAUAACCACCCUCUAAGGACAGAGAGGAAUCUGUCCCCACAACAACUGUGGACACUGGGACUCCACCAGAAUCCAGUUGAUACUCCAGACACAGUGGAGGAAAUCGAGGAUGCGUACUUGGAUGUCAACUCUAUUGGUGAGCUGGAUGGGAGCAAUCCUGGAGUAAUUCUUCCAUCUGUUGAAUGUCCUCUAUCUGAGGAGGACAUGGCAAGACUAAGAGACACUGUCAAUGUAACAAGGCCCUCUCAGUCACAUGGCCGAGACAUUUAUUUGGAUGUACUUAACUUUGUACUAACUCACCGUUCCUAGGCGGCAACAUUUUUAUUUUGAAUUUUCAACCCAGAGAAGGUUCAUGAAUAGCUCAGACUUUUAUUUGAUUUGAUAUACAUGUAAAAUGAACCUGCCAGGAAAUUUUUAUGU